CAGGCGCGUGAAACAUGGAGGAAAGCUUGAACCAAAACAGAGAUUUUGCCUACUGUAAAAGCUAAAAAAUGCGAUUUAAGACGAUUUAUUUUUCCCGCUAUUACUGAGUGAAGGUUCUGUGAAGGCGUUUUGUGAGCGGACAGUGAGAGUGAAAUGUCUCUGAGUGCUACGUGUGAGUCGGUGUCUCAGAAAAGGACUCUGUCGAGCCUCCUCGCUGGUCGUGAGCUGAAGAGGCCUAAGCUGACAGAUGCCCAGAGGCUGCAGGAGGCAGCGAUCCAGCUGUUGGAGCAGCAGCAGAACAUCUGCAGCCUGUUCAGAGAGGUCGGGCAAUCUGAGACAUGCAACCUGUCCUCUCAUCAGGAUGGAGAGAAGAAUCAAGUGGCGUCCGAAGGUCUCUCAUCCACCAUCACUGGGUCACUGCUGGAGGCUACCCAAACUGGAGAUGGUCUACUAUCUUCACUCUUACAACAUCCUCAAUCUGAAGUACAUUUUAGAGAGUGAUGAAGAGGUGAGAUCGUGGCUGGUGUCCCAGUUGAGGCUCCUGUGUGGAUGGAGGCCUCCACAGGAAGAAGAGGAGACCAAACAGCUUCAGCAGAAAGUGUUGUCAAGUGUGGUUGGCGUCUUAGUGGGAGCAGGCUUUGAGCUGAGGCGCGACCCGGCGGCUGCAGACAGAAGGCUCUCCCUGCUCUGCUGCUCGAUUCUAGACGACCUGCUCUUCUGGGUUCUCGAUAUUGUGGACGAGAGUCUGACGCUGGAGUCUGCUGAAGCAGGAGCUGAGCUUUGGAUUCAGAUUUUUGAUGCCUCACUGUGUGGAGUUUCAGUGCCAGCCGAUUGCCUUCAGCGUUUCUUCAAACACUCCCUCACGCAGACUCUCACCUACAAGCCCCGACUGAAAGUGUCAGAUGCAAUCACCCUGCAGAAUGAGUGGACCUUUGCAAAAGCCAGCCGCUUGCUGACUUCUCUCUUCCGUCAGCUGGCUGUGGUCUUCAGCGUGGAGCAGCUGCUGCGUCACCUGCAGCAGGUUUUGGAAACCCAUGAAGUCAACUGGAAACAUGUCCUGUGCUUCCUCUCUACCCUGCUGGUGUACUACCACUGUGCCCAGCCCAGCCUCAAAGAGCUGCUGUCCAGACUGCUGAACUCUGCAUUCGAAGGUUAUGACCUUGAGAACCUCAUAACCGCCUUCUUAUUGGCUCGACAGGGUGGACUGGAAGGACCCGGCAUCUUCCCCUCGUACAGCGACUGGUUCAAGAUGUCGUUCGGUGGUGGCAGUAGCUAUCAUGCGAGCAGUAAGAAGUCGCUGGUGUUCCUGCUGAAGUUCCUCUCCGACCUCGUGCCUUUUGAACCUCCACAGUACCUCAAGGUUCACAUCCUCCACCCUCCAUAUGUGCCUGUGAAACACCGCAGCCUGUUGAUGGAGUACGUCUCACUGGCUAAGACCAGACUGGCUGACCUUAAGGAGUCAGUGGAGGACAUGGGUUUAUAUGAGGAUGUUUCGGCUGCAGGUACAUCGGUGCAGCCUCAGUGUCAGGCUGCCCAGGAUGUGGACAAAGCUGUGUCUCUGUUUGAGAGCACAGGCAGAAUCUCUGCCACAGUCAUGGAGGCCAGUAUUUUCCGGAGGCCGUAUUUCCUGACUCGCUUCCUUCCCGCGCUGCUCACUCCGAGAGUGCUUCCUGUGAAAGUCGAUGCUCGAAUGAGUUUCAUCGAAGCGUUGAAAAAAGCUGAUAAGAUCCCUGCUGCACAGUAUUCAUCCUACAUGGAGUCCUGCCAGAAGCAGAGACAACAGAAUAUGAAUGCUACGUGUUCAGACGGCAAUGAUGACCCCCUGGAGGUCCUGAAGGUUCAGCUGCAGGAGUUUGCAGAACUUGUCGUUGAUGGAAAUGAUGGAGACAUGUCGGCCCAGCUGUCCAGGAUCUCACACACGCUCAGUGUCAUCUUCCCUGGUCGUCCCGACGAUCCGAUUGGACAAAAGGUCAUCAGUCUUCACACUGACGCUCCUCCAUCCUCCGAGCUCCAUGUCAAAGUUGUCAAUAUGAUCCUAAGAAACUUCUGCCAGUGCUUGCUAAAUUCUUCCAAAUCAAACCCUCCGAAUAAACAAAGCCCAUGGGCCUCGAGGUUUGUGAGCGCUCUGCUUGGUAACACACAGCUCCUCUCCAGCCUCAUACACAGACUCUGGGACCUGCUUCACAACCAGUGGCUGUCGCUGAAUGCUGCCCAUAUACUCGGCCUGGCAGCAUUCCUGGUCCACCUGUAUUCCUUGGUGUCUCGUGGUCCUCUGGUUCAGUUGGUGCCGCCCAUUCGGCUUGAGCCAGUGCCGGCUGAAGAGGCUCUGAGCUUGGCGCUGUCCUGCAGCACACACGCCAACAUGCUGUUCUGUGCCAGGUUGUGUGUAGCAGCUGUCUGUUAUGGGAUCUGCAGAGAGGACUCACUGCCUCAACAGCAGGACUGUAUCCCCCAUAGUCUCUAUAAGAAGCUUCUGUACCUCAUCCCACGACUGUUACCUGAAGCCAGAGGAAUUGUAGCUGAUGCUGAGCUAAGUGAACAACUGGAGGAGAAACAGACUGGGCUGUGGAGCAGCAUCACUGACUCCAACAACACCUGGAGGAAGACGGCCUGGCAUCUGUGGAGGAACGCUGCCUUCCAGCAGCUCGGACAGAUACCACAGUAUCAGUUAUUGUUCUCAGAAUGGUUAGCUAAUGAGCUGAGAGUACUGAGGAGUGAGGACGCCCUGCCUGACGCUGAACGUCAGGAGUAUCAGCAGUGGGCCUGCAUGGAGCUCUACCUGACUCGUCCAGAGAAGCAGGGAGGCUGCGGAGGAGACAUGAAAAACCUCUGUUCUCAUUUGCUUAAUGCCAUCAUGGACCAGCAGUUAAGUUGGCAGAGCCUGGAAGCACAACAGCACAGAGUGCCAGGAAGAGGAACCUGCUUACCAGACAUCCUGUCCCGACUCCAGGAGCUUGUGUAUGAGAUGGACAUGAUGGAGCGGUCUGGCAGCCGUGGCAGCAGAGCUGGUGUGGGUGACUUCCUGUUUGAGGUGUUGUUUCAGAGAUGCUCCUCUACAGUGACCUCACAGAGCAUCAGCACUGACGUCAGCCUGCAGCGCUUGCUGCAUACAUGGAACAGAGUGCUCCUGGCUCUUCCAGCUGUGUUGUUGAUUAAAGUAAACACUGAUGGAGGGGGAACAACACUGAGCUGCAACAGGCUAAUAGAACACAUCAACCAGCAUCAGAGGAAAGCGUGUUCUCCAGCAGGCGUGCUGUCCUGCAAGAUAACUGCACACUUCCUGAGAGGUCUGUUAGGUGCCAGUGUACGUUGUGGACAACCAAGAUAUGAAGUCAACAAAGCCUGGUCUCAGAUCAGCGUGCAAUGUCCUGUUUUGUUGAUCUCCACAGUGCACUGGUGGCAGCGUCUCCGUCCGGUCCUGUUGUCACUGUGGCGUCGUCUGUGUGAUGAACAGACGCUGCCGGAGCAGCUGCAGCUCCUCACGGAAUGUCAGCACUGGGCCUGCAGUUUGGAGAAAGGCCAGCUGCUGCAGAUGCCUCCAGCUGCAGCUCUGCUGCUGGCGGCCAGCCUUCAUCGUGUCUGGCGAGGCUGUGAGGCAAACAAGCCGAGCUUCAAAGCUGCUUUGAAUUUCCUGCGACCAGACAGAGACUCCAAAUACAGACAGGUGCUCGUUUUCCUUCUUUUCCUGUGCGUUAACGACCACCUGACAACACUGCUAUAUCCUCAGGAGAGGAGCUAUGAAGAAGGCCGGGCUUUAUGCACAGAGCUCCUGGCUGUGUUGAUGGACUCUCCUGAUUGGCUGCUCAUCUUUAAGUCCAGCGAGCAAAGCAUUUAUCAGUCGGUUACCAUGGUGACGUCAGAUGACUUUACAAAACUAAUGCCGUGGGCUUUCUGCAGUUUGCUGCUCCUGCAAAGCGCCGAGCUCCUACAGAGAGCUGUGCGUUGUCCAGGGUUCCUCCAUACUGCCAUCGUCUGCUACCUGAGCAUGCUGCAGCUCUUCCUGGAAGGAAACACUCAAUCACCGGACACUGAAUCCUCUAAGAAGCAGCUGGUGGCGGAGCCUUCCCACAUCCUUGGCCGCACAAAUCAGUUAUUGUCAGACUGUGAGCAGCAGUGUAAAACAUCUGAUUUAACUUACUGUAAAAUUUUAUUUUAGUUCAUAUUCUAAUAUUUCUGUCUGGUCUACUUGGCAGCAUCUUUUUCAGUAUUUGGAAUUUUUGGUUGUUUUAUCUUUCAAGAGUCAGCAUGAUGAGUGCGUUGAGCUCUCAGGGCCACCGUACUGUUCUCUUUUCAAGUUAUUAUCCUCAGAUUUCACAGAGUCAUAAUUGUACUAGCUUUUAAUAUGAUAUAUGGUGAACCACUCCAUAUACUCAUCCUGACUGCCAGCCUCACAUUUCCUACUGCUGCUCUUUCACAAUAAAAGCAAAUAAACAAUCCGUUUUAUUCUGGAAA